AUGCACAAUGACAUAGAAAAUCUAAAGAGGAGCUUACAUUAUGCAAAGCAUGUUCUACAGGCCGAUUAUGAAAACAAGCUGCAGGAGAGAGCCUUGGACUUAUAUUGCAGAGUUAAUGACAGAAUCCUAGAGUUGGAAAAACAACACGAGGAGCGGGUUGCUGUGAUUAGAAGAAGUUAUCGCCAGCAGCUUGCUGAUGCUAUCACCCAGAUUGCCAAUCAACAUCAGAAAUACUACGCAAAGAAGAGCAAGCAAGACAAAGCAAUGUUUUCCGAAAAGCUCAAGAAAGUCCAAGAUGACGAUGCAGUAAAGAAGAAAGCGCAACAACAACAAGACUCCAUCAUAGAGAUGAUGAAGAUGCAGAUGCGAGACGCACAGGAGCGUGCGGACAAACAGCUGGAAGAAGCGUUAAACAGACCAAAGUCAGCCAGUAGUGUGGCGACAGAUCCUGAGAUAUAUGACCUGAGAGAAGAGGUGGAGAAACUGGAGAAUAAACUGGAUGACAUGAUGAAUCAACUAGAGGACAGGGAAAAUGAGAAUAGACGUUUAGGUGAGUUAAUAGUGGAGAAGAGGACUCUAUAAAGAAUUGGAAAAAAGAUUCAGUAACAUUCUUUUAGCUCUGGCUCGAGAUCUAGAGGUCCGUGGAAGUCCUG